AUGGUUGCGACGAGUUACAAAGGAUAUCACCUAAAUGGUGAAAAGGGAUAUCUGCCUACUACCAGUCAUGAGGAGCAUCCUAUAGGUAUACCUAAUAAAACACGUCAAAUUGUUGCCGCUAACCCCCCUAGAGCCUGGAAAAGGAGCGACGCAGCAGCAACUCCUGAAGAGCUCCCAAAAGCCUCUUAUCCAAAGCAAGGCAAAGAAAUUGAAGGAACAAGCCCAGUCCUCAAUCCUAAUCACAAAAAACUCACAAGUAUUCCUAUCUCCCCACGGAUUUGUGCGGGUGAUCUACUCAGAAGACGUCUAGUUCACGGUUCCAGCUCAAAUAAGCGCGCGUAUCAAUGCCCAUGCCGAAGAGCUACAGCCGUUCUUUGUCACGCACGAAGGUCAGAAAAAGUGGAAGUAGUAGACGUGGGAGGUAUUACCGCCUCGGACUUUGGAAAGUUGACGAUCCAGAUGACUGGCGAUAUAAAAAAGAAUGUCAUUGAUCCAUAUUUGACCGCGUGGAUCAUGCCUGAUUUCACCACAACUACGCACACUGACAUGGUCACGGCUGCCGUUCUUAUGAUGGGCGUGUUGCAGGAGUAUUUCAAAUACACGUUUACACUCGCAUGUGCGGUACCCUCUGUAACCUUUCUUGGCAAAAGAGAGGACUGGGAGCCGGGCCAGUUUUACACACUUGUUGGCCGCCGUGCUCGACUAAGCCUACUAAGUCCCGAGGUGCAAUCUUUCUGGUCCAGGAUGGUGAACUGGCAAGGCGGCUCAGGCAUUCAUUUCUUUCUGGAUUGGAUCACGGCUUUUACGUUCUGGAAAACUAACGGCGAGUACUUAUCAACUUUGCCACAGGGGCCUGUUGGAGUAUCUGGUCUACGUAAUGUCGGUUGCCAUCUUGACGGUACCUUGUUUCAUAUCAUCGACAUGAAAGACAUACCAGAUGCAUUCUACUCGGUCCCUGUUACAGUAGACGAUAACGGAACGAUACAUAAGAUGAGAAUGGUGGCGGGUUUCUAAUCAACUGUAAAAAAUACCUAUUGGUCAGGCUCGUAGGAAAUACAGAUAAGAUGAAUACUGAUGUGAUUAUAUUUGGAAUGACAACCAUACAUGUACACGUCUUAUCCGUGCUCAGGGAGACAAUCUAGUCCAAAUAUGCCCCCCCCCCCCCCUAAUAGUCAUAUACCUACCUAAUUCAAGGCAUAAGAUGACGAUGACUACCGCUUAACUGGCGUUAGAGUUACGUGAAGGGGAAUCCUAUAUUCCAGAAAGCAUUAGUAACA